AUUUUCAAGUGUGAUCACUCACAAUAAUUAAUUAAAGAUGGCAAAAAUCAUACAUUUUAAUUCCUUGGUUUUGAUGAUUAUUGCAACAAUCACAUUUCAAUCAUAUUUAGCCAAUGGAUGGACAUCAAGUAGCAUGUAUGUCAAUUGGGGUGCUCAUCAUUGUAAACUUUUAGGGGAUGAUCUUCAACUUGUUCUUGAUAAAUCUGCAGGCUCUGGUGCUCAAUCGAAAAAUUCAUUUCUCUUUGGUAGCUUUGAAAUGCUUCUCAAGUUGGUACCUAACAACUCUGCUGGAACUGUCACAACAUAUUAUUUAUCUUCUACCGGUACCAAGCAUGAUGAAAUCGAUUUCGAGUUUCUAGGAAAUAUAUCAGGACAUCCUUAUAUUAUACACACAAAUAUUUACACCCAAGGUGUUGGAAAUAGAGAGCAACAAUUCUAUCCAUGGUUUGAUCCAACUGCUGCUUUUCACAAUUACACCAUUCAUUGGAACCCUAACGCCGUUGUAUGGUACAUUGAUAGUAUUCCAAUUAGGGUUUUUAGAAACUACCAAUCCAAAGGCAUUUCAUUCCCAAACCAACAAGGGAUGGGAGUCUACACUAGUCUAUGGAAUGCUGAUGAUUGGGCAACAAGAGGUGGUCUUGUUAAAAUUGAUUGGACAAAUGCACCAUUUAUUGCAACUUAUAGAAAUUUUAGACCAAGAGCUUGCUAUUGGAAUGGACCAAUGAGUAUUUCCCAAUGUGCAAUUCCAACAAAUUCCAAUUGGUGGGCUUCACCUUCAUACUAUAAAUUGAGUGCAAAUAAAGUUGGUGAAAUGAUCUCAAUUAGAAGCAAGAAUAUGAUUUAUGAUUAUUGCAAAGAUGUGAAAAGAUUCAAGGGAGUUAUGCCUAUUGAGUGCUCAUUGCCCCAAUACUAACAAAUCGGAGUGACUUCACUAUAUCUGAAGAAAGAAAAGAAGUUGUUUCGAUCCUAUCGAAGCAGCAGUGAAAGUUAUAUUUCUAAGUUGUUAUCGUUCUCCUUCUGGGAAUGAAUUAUUUUUAAUGUUUCUUUGAAAUUCAAACAUUUUGGUUAUAUUUAUUUUCUUUAAUAAUUUUGUUGUGUUGAGCAAGAAGAUCUUGUUGAAUUGAUAUUAUUAUGUAUUUAAUUCCUUAAAGUACAAAAAAUUAUAUUGUUUUUAUUCGGAAAUUUUACAUAAAGUAUUACUCACAUAAAAAGUUUAUC